UCACACUUGCAGGACAAAACAAAAGCAAAACAAAAAGAUGCCGAAAUAUAUUGUUUUCGUGGGGUUUUUCUUAACCCUAAGCUGCCAGUUUAACCUGUUGCUGGCCCUGAAGAACAAAACCUGCGAGAAACUGCUGGGGGAACUGGGCGAUGGCCAGAGCAAGUUCAUCUACUGCGCCACCACGAAGUCGGUGCCCGUGAAUCUCUGUCUGGGAUGCGAGGAGCUCUACCGGGAUCUCAGCAAGGAUUACGACAACCUCAUAGCGGAUGCGAACUGCUCCAAGCGGUACCUCAACUCGGACAGGAUCAACAUUGUGGCCACCACCCAGGGAAUCCUGACCAGCCUCUGGCAGAAGGCGCACUGCGAGAAUUGUUUUACGGAUAAAUAUUGGGCCCAAUACGAAAACAGAUCCAUCGAUUUGCAGGAAUGUUUGGAGACCAGCAGUCCGGAUGUGACCUGCGUGCAGUGCAAACCCUUCUACCUUGCCUUAAACGAUUUGUAUCUAAAGAUGGAGUCCAAAGUCAGUAGAAAUGUGUGCUUUGAUCUGCAGGAUAAUAUGAACCGCACCCGCCUGAACUGGUCCAAAACCCUGAACUGUUGUCAACGCGAGGUGAAGCUGACCAACUUCCUUAUUGCCGUGGGCGUAGUUGUGCUUCUGCCCAUUCUUACCUUCUAUAUCACGGCAAUUGUGGUGACCAAGCGGCGUGAAGCCAACCAUGGCUUGCUCAAUGAUCAGGAACCCGAGCUGGACGCUCCUUCCACGUCGAGGCUUAUCACGGCAGCAGUGCUGUCCACUCCAGUCGAAGAUCCCGCUGUAGUCUCAGCCCAAACAGAAAAAAUAGCCAAUGUGUUGAGCCAUGCCGAGGCUAAUCAAUCGGACGAUUCCGAACAGGAUGUACCCAGCGUAAAGCAGCAGAUAAUAAACCGAGCUGGUCCUGUUUCCGACUACUCCAGUGAUGAAGAGCCGCUCGAGGUACCAAAAGUCUUGUUAAGUCCAGAGUCUGACUACUCCAGUGAUGAUGAGCCCCUUACAAAGCCCAAACGAGCGUAGAGUACAGAGUCCAAUGAGGGGAAUCCCCGAUUUCAAUGCCAGAACGCAUAUCUUGAUAUUGUAAGGUAGGGGUAUGACAGCAUUAAGACCUGACUAUCAACACUAAGCUUAUAAGAGGUUUAAAGCCUUAUCAAAAUUUCCGAAUUUGGUCUUUAAUAGGGCCAGUUACUACUACAUUUUAGGGAACACCUUCUCCAGCUUGUGCCUAACCAAAUAUAAGGUAUUUUUAUGAAUA